AUGCCUUCGCUCGCUCCUACAGUGAAGCUCAACGACGGCAGGAGCAUGCCGGCUUUCGGGCUCAGCACCUGGCAGGAAACUCCAGAACAAGUCAGGGAGGCAGUUAAACAUGCAAUUGAUGUCGGUUAUCGCCAUAUCGACACCGCAGCUGCAUAUCACAAUGAAUCAGGAGUGGGUGACGCACUGCAAGAGAAAUUUAAGGAAGGGGCAGUCAAGCGAGAAGAUGUGUUUGUUACUAGCAAGACAGCACCAGCAGUUACAACUCAAGUGGGGAACAUUAGUCCACUGCCAACUUGUGAAGCAGCAGCAUUUAAAGAGGAAGAACAGUCAUCAAUAGCAGAAACACCAACACCAACCCCCACAGGAUCAAGUGUACAAGCUGACAGUGUAGAAACCUCACCAACAGGAGAUCCACCCUCUAUGGCAAAAAGGAGCACAGUAGUGACUGCAGCUGCUCCACAUAGGAUGUGCCUGAGAUCAGGAAAGUCCUCAGCUGCAAAUGGGGAUUUUUGA